GAUUUAGGUAUUCAUCGGGCAUUCAUAUCCGAUGAAGCCGAUCCAUCUGGGCAGUUAUGUAUACGUACCUUUUGGCUUGCUUAUAUAGCAGACUGUACUAUCAGUAUGACUUACGGAAGACCUUCUGCUACAGAAGAGAAAGUAUUAGAUGUUACUUAUCCUUCAAAACUGUCCAAUGAUGAUGCGUUUGCAACACAAUGGGUAGAUGGUUUGAACUCUUUGAUUUCCUUAAGCAAGGUUACUGCACGUGUCAUCAAGUUCAAUUACUGCCCUCCUCCUCCUUUUAUUAUUCAAGGCCCUGUUAAGGUUUGUGUUCAUCACACAAUAAGGGUUAACCAAUCAUGAUUAGCGACACAAUGCCUUUUUGGUCAGCGUAGAUUCAUGGCUGAUGGAUAUUAUGAGUCCCUUAAAAGAAGAAGAACCAGCAUCGCCCAGCCUAGUUCAGGAUGAAUCAAGCAUAUCUACACGUAUGGCUUUUCAGAAAAAGAUGUUUCUCUAUGCCAAUUUGAUCUUGUUGCAUCGUCCUUAUGUGAAUGAUGUCUUGACGACUCGCAACACAAGCAACAGACCAUCGUACGACAUUUGUUCUUACGCAGCCAUCAUUAUCACAGACACAGCCAGUAAAUUGAAUCCAACCGAACUUGUCUAUCACUCAAAAUCACCCUUGUUUGCUUAUGCACUUGUCAUGGCGCUUCGGAUUCAUAUCAUGAAUGCCACCAAUGCUAAUCCAGAGAAAUACAAUGCACACAAAAACUUCAAUUUAUGUUUAGCGACACUCAGUAGACUUCCUCAGGCUAAAAAUACGUGUUCUAUGUUACAUGAAGCACUAAUUGACCUUGAAGAACAGUACACAAAUCGGUUCUUGCUGGCUCAGGAACGCGAAGAUGAUAUCAAACUACAACAACAACUGCAACAACAAAUGCAAUUACACCAGCCUGUCAUCACAGCUGCUCAGGUUGUCUUUUCUCCAGGUGCAACUGAUAAGCGUAAAGAUAGACCCAACAGUGAUGCCAGUCAAGGCCUGACAUUCAAUACACCUUUGGAGCCUGGGACAGGUCGUCUUGUUAUUAAACAUCACAAUCAGCCUACAGAUUCUGCAGGUCGGAAGAAGAAGAAAAAUAAAAUUGUGCAUGAUACGCCUGCCAUGUUUGUCGAUAGUCAACAGUGUCGACAGAAGCAGAAACAAAAGCAAAGUCAACAAAAACUUCAAGGUGUAUUUUCUACCAAUGGUUAUCAACACGCCUCUGCACCACCUACGCAAUCUGUUCAAGUACAACAACAACAACAACUACCGCCUUCAACUCAAUUCAGUCAAGGAAAUCAUUUCCAACUGAAUGAUUCAUAUACUCAGUAUACCACACCUAGUAGUAGCAGCACCAGUAGCAGUAGUCAUGGCAGUGCUACAUUUCCUCAGACUGAGUACACUUCCAUGGUACCUCAUUAUGCUGAUACCAUGUUUCCUUUGAAUGAUGCAUUCGAUCAAGUAUUAAAUCAAAUGAACAGCCAAGAAACAUCUAUGUCUUUGAACUUUACUGAUCUCUUGCCCAUGAAUGAUGGGAUGAAUGCUUUGUGGAACACAAACUUUUCAAAUGAAAUGCCCAUGUAUUGUGUUGCUCCUCGAGAAGAUACGUUUGGUGUUUCUAUUACCAGAACCUCCAACAAGACUAUUCCACCCAAUGAUACCAAUCUUGCAUUUAGCUAUCCUAGUAUUUAGAAAUGUGUACAUAAACUUUUUAUUAUUGUUGUUGUUGUUGUGUAGAAUGAAUAAACUGUUCUCCUGUUUACCUUCCCUCC